GCCGAAAGCAGUUAAUUCCGUUUACACGAAGAGGAUGAAGUCUUUUAUGAUUCUGUGUAGCCUUGUUGUGGCUGCUGUAAGCCAAAAGCUGUUCAUUGGGGACCAAGUGCUUCGCAUAACGGCUGAGAGUCAUGAACAAAUUGCUCUCCUCCAGGAGCUGCAGGGGCUUGAGCAUCUAGAGCUUGACUUCUGGAGAGAGCCAGUGAGGCCUUCUCUGUCUGUUGAUGUCCGAGUUCCCUUUGCCAGUCUUCAGCCUGUGAGAGUCUUCCUGCAGUCACAUGGUAUCCAGUAUGACGUCAUGAUCGACAAUCUCCAGGUUCUUCUAGACAGUGAGAUGGAAGAAAUGAAUCAUUCUCGCCAAAGGCAAAGAAAUACUGACAGCUUUGACUACUCUUCCUACCAUACUCUAGAAGAGAUCUACAGUUGGAUGGACAGUCUUAUAGCUGAGUUUCCAGACUUAGUCUCCAAGCUCACAAUUGGCUCCAGCUAUGAGAAGCGGCCAAUUCAUGUACUGAAGUUCAGCACAGGAGGUACUAAUCGUCCUGCAAUCUGGCUUGACACUGGCAUUCAUGCUCGUGAAUGGAUCACUCCAGCCACAGGAAUGUGGACAGCAAAGAAGAUUGCUCAGGAAUAUGGGCAGGACCCUUCAUUAACAGCAAUAUUGAACAAAAUGGACAUCUUUUUUGAGAUUGUCACUAAUCCUGAUGGGUACACCUUCACACACACGACAAAUCGCAUGUGGCGCAAGACAAGGUCAAUCAGUUCUGGAUCCUCUUGCAUUGGAGUUGAUCCUAACAGGAAUUGGGAUGCAAACUUUGGAGGUCCUGGUACCAGCAGCAACCCUUGUGAUGACACUUACAAGGGACCGUUUGCGCACUCAGAGUCUGAGGUGAAAUCCAUCGUGGAUUUCAUCCUGCGUCACAAGAACGUCAAGGCCAUGGUCACUAUCCACAGCUACUCCCAGAUGCUGAUGUAUCCAUAUGGGUAUACCUCCACCCCCACCCCUGAUGCGGACGAACUGUAUGCAGUAGCCAAAAGUGCGGUAGAUGCGCUUGGGAGUCUGCAUGGAACCAAGUACACCUUUGGCAGCAUGAUCUCUACUAUCUAUCCAGCGAGUGGUACCACAGCAGACUGGGGCUACUCUAACGGCAUCAAGUAUUCGUUUACUUUUGAGUUGCGUGACACAGGUCGCUAUGGUUUCCUACUUCCCGCAGAUCAGAUUAUUCCAACUGCCGAGGAGACCUGGUUAGCACUGAUGAAGAUUAUGGAGCAUGUCCGAGACCACCCUUAUUGAAGAAAAUGUGAAUUAAAAAAAAUCAAUUAAAUGGAUCGUUUGAAAAAUACA